UGUGUGCCACCACACCCAGCUAACUUUUUUAUUUUUAGUAGAGAUGUGGUUUCACCAUGUUGGCCAGAAUGGUCUUGAUCUACUGACCUUGUGAUCCGCCCACAUUGGCCUCCCAAAGUGCUGGGAUUACUGGCAUGAGCCAGCACUCCCGGCCUUAAUGCAUAUUCUUAAAUAUACAAAUGUAAAUUUGUUAUGAAAAUUGCUUUUGGGGUUUAAUAACCUAUCUUUUAAGAAUGAGAAACUGCUGGGCUUAAGGGAGUUCAGAAUGAAUCAAGAUUGAACCAUUCAAAUGUGGCUGUGAUUUCUGCAUAUAUCAUAGAUGGGAUCCUUCUGAGAAUACUGGAAUAGGGAAUUAGGACACCAAGCCAAUUCAGCUGUGAACCUUAUUCUUGUACUUUUCUUUCUUGCUGAUAAUUUUAUGGAGACAGUUAAGAAACCUGCCCUGUGUUAGGAUAAACUGUAUACCAAUAAUUUUGACAACCUGUGAUGAGUGAUGCAUUUUACUUCCUGUAUCUUUUCCUUCCUACCUUGAUGCCAGUAAUUUAUAAGGGAUCUUACAGUUUGAAUGUAUUUGAAUAACUUCAGUAUACUUUAGCUCUACUUUUUUUAUUUGACUCACAACUAUCCAUAGGUCUCAAGUAUUCCCAUGUGUUUUAAAAGCCUGAAGUCAGUGAGAUGAAAUUCAACAUCAGGGCGUGGUAGCGGGCGCCUGUAGUCCCAGCUACUUGGGAGCCUGAGGCAGGAGAAUGGCAUGAACCCGGGAGGCGGAGCUUGCAGUGAGCUGAGAUCUGGCACCGCACUCCAGCGUGGGCGACGGAGCAACACUCCGUCUCAAAAAAAAAAAAAAAAAAAGAAUUUGAAGUAACUUGUGAGGAAAUAAUAUAAAGAUACCAUUGGGGCAAUGGCUCACACCUGUGAUCUCAGCACUUUGGGAGGCUGAGGUGGAAGGAUCACUUGAGACCAGUUUGAGACCAGCCUGGGCAACACAGCAAGACCCCAUCUCUACAAAAAAUUUAAAAAUUAGCUGGGUAUGGUGGUGCUCACACAUAGUUCCAGCUACUCGGGAAGCUGAGGCAGUAAGAUCACUUGAGCCCAGGAGGCCGAUACUUAACUGUGAUCAUUCUGCUACAGUCCAGCCUGGGUGACAGAGUAAGACCCUGUCUCAAAAAGAAAAGAAAACAUUACAUAAUUUGGCUACAGCAUAAUAAUUUAUUUGAUUUUCUGGUUUUUUGAAAAUUUUAGUUGCAAUAAAAGAGUAUUUCAAUGUGCUAUUUCAAUUUUCAGUAGCAAAUGUGUAUAUAGAAAAAUGUUAAAAUUGAUGUAUUUGAGUACCUUAAAAAAUAUGAGAAACUGGAAGAUAAUAUCGUAAAGCACCUACAUAUGUCCUAGGCCUUUUGUGUACAAGAUUAUUCGUGACGAUUGUAAGGCAUGAAGGCCGGUAGGAUUAUCUCUGUUUUACAGAUAGGGAAGCUGAGGCCUAGAGGUGGAAACUUGCCCAGUGAUGUAAGAUUCAUACCCCAGUUAUGCCCUCCUGGAAAGCCCUUCCCAACAUGUUAUGUUGUCCAUAGAGGGGGAAAAAAUGAGCAAAGACAGAUGUCUUAACUCUGGUAUGUCACUAAGAUAUAGGAAAUUUAUAGAGGAGGUUCUAUCAAUGUGCCCACUUAUUUUGUGUUUUAUGUUCUGAGAACGAUUACCAGCCAUCUUAAAUUCUGUGGUUGGCAAAGCUCCCCCGGGGUUGUUGCUGGUUGGCCCCUGCUUGCUUUGAGACUUUGAUGCCAGGGCAGGUUGAGAGGAACUGACUUCAGCUGAGUUUGAUCUUGGACGUGGGAAAGAGAAAUGCUUUGAAAAUCAUGGCAACCCUGGGAGGUUUAAAAGAUAUUAAUGUAUCCUGGAGAGUUUGAGGCUUUGCAGAAACUUAUUGGCAGAGCAGAAUGAUUCUGAAAAAUGCUAAAUCAGUCAGGGGAUAAGAUUUGAUAAGGUAUUUUUCUGCCAACUCGGGUAUUCACUUAGCAUUGUUUAUCCUUUGUCUAAUACAUGUAUACGCAUACUUCCUUUGUGAGCUUAUCCUACUUCCAAAGUUUUAUCCCCAGCUUCAGCCUUGCUUUGGGUCUCCAGGCCCAAGUUUCUCACCAUCUCUUGGAUGAUUGCUCCAGCCUACCCUGCUGCCACCUGGGAUCCAACAUGUUCAAACCCAGCUGUGAACUUCACAUUAAAAGAAAGCGCCUUUGCUUCAGCAGUUUGUUAUUAAGACGGGGGCUUGGGUCAUGUUACCUCCACCAAUGUGUAAGGUGAAAGUCCUGUUAGGUAAAAGAGUUUUUGUGUUUUGUGCUUUUUGGGUUUCAGUAUAGGGUUUUUCCUGCAGGGCUAGAGGGAAAGUACCCCAGCAUUUCCAACCAGUGGGGUGCAAAAUUAUUUGGGUCUACAGCUUUACCUGUUCCUUUCAGGAACAUUUUUGAAAAAAAAACAUCUGUUGAACCAUGUGAAAUUGCUGAAUGCUGAUGUUUGGCCAUUUUCUACUUAAAAAAUAGGCCAGCAGUUUGUAAAUUCAAGCUAAUAUAUGAACUUUUUGAAAAAGCUGUUCUGGGACACUAAAAGGUAAGACGAACUCCAGAUUUCCAGAGCAAGGGGAGGAGAGAACGGAGCAACAUCACUUCCUUGAAGACCUGGCUCCUGCGCGCGGCCGGCCGAGGACUCCGACUCCACGCGCCGGUGUUACUUACUGGGGCCGGCGCCUGCCUCGUCACGGCUCGUUUUGCGGCCGCCGUAAAGCGCGGAUGCGCGCGCGCGCGGGGGGGUGGUCACGCCCCUUCAGUGCUUGUGACGCAGGCGCCCUGGGCAUUUUGGGCGGGAAAAAGAAGCAGUCCGGGGUUGUACCCGGCACGGUUGGCAGCAGCUGCUUCCUCUGAGGUCGUAUCCCUGCCCGGCAUGGGGCUGCUGGAGCUUUGCGAGGAAGUGUUCGGCACCGCCGACCUUUACCGGGUGCUGGGUGUGCGACGCCAGGCUUCCGACGGCGAGGUCCGACGAGGCUACCACAAGGUGUCCCUGCAGGUACACCCGGACCGGGUGGGCGAGGGCGACAAAGAGGACGCCACCCGCCGCUUCCAGAUCUUGGGAAAAGUCUAUUCCGUUCUCAGUGACAGAGAACAGAGAGCAGUGUACGAUGAGCAGGGAACAGUGGACGAGGACUCUCCUGUGCUCACCCAAGACCGAGACUGGGAGGCGUAUUGGCGGCUACUCUUUAAAAAGAUAUCUUUAGAGGACAUUCAAGCUUUUGAAAAGACAUACAAAGGUUCGGAAGAAGAGCUGGCCGAUAUUAAACAGGCCUAUCUGGACUUCAAGGGUGACAUGGAUCAGAUCAUGGAGUCUGUGCUUUGCGUGCAGUACACAGAGGAACCUAGGAUAAGGAGUAUCAUUCAGCAGGCUAUUGACGCCGGAGAGAUCCCAUCCUAUAAUGCCUUUGUCAAAGAAUCGAAACAAAAGAUGAAUGCAAGGAAAAGAAGGGCUCAGGAAGAGGCGAAAGAAGCAGAAAUGAGCAGAAAGGAGUUGGGGCUUGAUGAAGGCGUAGAUAGCCUGAAGGCAGCCAUUCAGAGCAGACAAAAGGAUCGGCAAAAGGAAAUGGACAAUUUUCUGGCUCAGAUGGAAGCAAAGUACUGCAAAUCUUCCAAAGGAGGAGGGAAAAAAUCUCUCAAGAAAGAAAAGAAAUAAUGGAAGUUUUCUCUUCAAAGGUCCUUAGGUGUAAAUUGAUGCCAUCGUAGGCAAGGUGCAGGCAAGAUUUGAAGGCAAAAGUCAACUCUUGAGAAAAGGUGUCUUUCCAGCCUGAAUUUUUCAGAUUGACUGGACCAAGCAUCUUAGUAUUUCCUAGAAAGCACUUGCCAUUGCGUGAGGUCUUACCAGAAGGAACUUGGUGGUGACGGUUGGGAGGGCGGAGGGAGGUAGUGUCCUUCCUGACAGCACUUGCCUCCAUAGAUCUUCGGUACACAGAACUCUUAUCUAAGAUGUGGUUCUGUUCAUGCUGUUUUCUGCAGUGUGCGUGUCUGUUAGAUUAGGCUCUCUACCCAGCUAGAACAUCUUCCAAAUACUUGCUGGACAGCUGUCUUCCACAUACUUCCCAGUUUACAUUUGGUCUUAAUGAUCUUGAAUAGACCCUCUCUUCAUUUUACUCAGCCAGGUUUUGUACUGAUGUACGGGUGUUAAAUUACUUCAAGCAUUUUUGUAAGAGUUGUAUAUGAUUAAAUAAAAAAGUAAAACAUGAUGAUUAAGUUCUGGGGGCUUUGUAAAUGAUCCCAGUAAAAAUGUGACCUAGAAGAAAUGCGAAUGGUGUUUAGGAUGAGAGAAAAGUGGAAAACAAUAGCCCCUGUCAGCUUUAUAAUAGAGAGCUUGGUUUCCCUAGCAUAGAGAGAUGUGUGUUGUAGUCCUGCCACUGAUUGCUGAAUGUCUUUCACUGAGCUUGUCUGAAUCUGUCUCCUUUUAUAAAAGUUAUUACAUCAAAACAAAGAGUGAAAUACAAACUUGUCAAACUGUA